AUGUCUUUUUUCCAGAAAGUCCUUUCACUUGCUUUCCUCACAUUUCCUGUUCUCGUGUUUUUCCUACCUUGUGUUGCUUCUCAUGGCUGCAGAAAUCCAGUGAUUUUCAACUUUGGAGACUCGAACUCAGACACUGGUGGUUUUGCCGCUGCAAUGGGAUACGAAUUUGGAUAUCCUUAUGGUCGCUCCUUCUUCCAUCGAUCAACAGGCCGACUAUCUGAUGGGCGUUUAGUCAUUGAUUUUCUGUGUGAAAAUCUGAAGACAAAUUAUUUGACUCCAUAUCUGGAAUCAUUGGGACCGGAUUUCACAAAUGGGGCCAAUUUUGCAGCAGGGGGCGCCACCACUCUUCCACGGAAUGUUCCGUUCAAUUUGAACGUGCAACUUCUUCAAUUCACAAGGUUUCACAAUCACUCACUACAGCUCCACUCAAAGGGUUUAAAGAAGGUGAUUAGAGACAAGGAUUUCCGAAAGGCACUUUACACAAUCGACAUUGGCCAAUUCGACUUGUGGGUUGCGUUAAACUCCUUUUCGUAUGCUGAAGCUAUCGAAAAGAUCCCUUCUUUCAUCUCCGAAAUAAGGGAUGCUAUCCUUGCAAUAUACAGACUUGGUGGGAGGAAAUUUUGGAUUCACAAUACAGGGCCAUUGGGUUGUUUGCCUGCAGAACUGGCCACGAGAAAAACAAAUGUCACGGAUCUUGAUCAGUAUGGCUGCAUCAAGUCCUUAAAUGAAGGUGCAAAAGCAUUCAACGCAAAACUAAAUCAUCUUUGUCAAGAACUGAGGAUUCAGAUUAAUGAUUCAACUGUUGUCUAUGUGGAUAUUUACUCUAUCAAGUACAACCUCAUAGCAAAUUCUACCCAUUACGGUUUCGAGAAUCCAUUAACGGUAUGUUGUGGGUAUGGUGGGGCCCCAUACAACUUCGAUCAUUACAUUAAAUGUCGGGAUAUAAUCAAAGGAGCCAACUUGUGCGAACAAAGGUCACCACGUAUAAACUGGGAUGGAACUCAUUAUUCCGAGCCUGCCAAUGCCUUUGUUGCCUCUGAGAUACUAUCAACUAAAUAUUCAACUCCUCGUCUUAAGUUUAACUUCUUCUGUAACAAAUCUUUAAAUAUUUUACAACCUAGUUAUUAAACGAAAAAAAAAAUCGGAGUUUUAUUCAAUUAAUUGCUCGAAACAUUUGGUUUGGUGCUUUUGUAAUUGAAAUAAGAAAGAUUAAUGGAUUAAUCAAUUAUAUAAGUUAGUUAUCUU